AUGAGAGCUCCUAUGGCUAAUGUGCCACAAUACGCGCCCAUACAGGAGCAACCAAAAGAGCCAGAGCCAAACCCGGAGCAAGAAGGCUUCACGACGAAACUCAAGCUUACCAUUCCUGAUAACUUCGAGGUCGGCGUCAAGAGUCCAGCUGAUAAAACGGAUCCGAACAUGGAAAACUGGAAAGCAUCUGGGAUCGGCCGUAACGAUAGCCCCGAAGAGCGCGAAUUCAGAUCCAGACCCGGAAAUGUCGAUACCGACUGCUAUUUCAUGCUCAUCGAGCGCAAGAAUGAAAACAGCGCAAUGCUUGUGCCCGUCUCCCAGUAUCUCAUGCUGGACCCUGUGGUCACGCCCCGUACAAACAACUCCACUGCGGGGCCUACGCUAAAAUCGGAAAUUGUCGUGGAUGCGCGUCUGAGGCGCCUAGCGAAGGUUGACGAUCUCAGCGGCGCGGACGAUGGCGCGCGUGGCCGCGAUGGCAACGCAGCUAACAGGGAUUCUAGGCAGAGGGUGAGCAAGAUAAACUGGGACUACGAGGGGGCUCCGAGCGACGACGAAGAGCUGUACCCGCAGGAGGAGGCCGAUGAGCCUGACGAGGACCCUCUGAAUCAGCCCCACCUGUCGUUAUAUGGUCACAAACUGAGGAGCUUGUUGCAGCAACAGGCUGAGCGCGAGGUGGAUGACGAGCUGGAGGCGUACUCCGACGACGAAGAAGGGUCGCAGGUGUCGGCGCCUGGCAAGCAGCAGCGCUCUUCGGAUGCUUCGGAGUCGCAGUCGUCCAAGAAGGCCAAGUUAGAAGCCGACAAAGCCACUAGCAUAGAGGAGCGCGUGACGACGUUCCUGCUCGAGAACAACGGCAAGGUGCAGGUCAAGAGCGUACUGUCACACUUCAACAUCACCGCCAAGAACGAAGACUUCCGCCUCAUACAGACCGUCAUUCAGAAGCGCUGCACGAUGAGCGUAGAGGAAAAGGACAACCGGAAAAUAAAAUUUAUCGCAUUAAAGCCGGAGUUCAUGAAAUAA